UCUAUGAGAAAAAACAUGCCACCCUGCUCAGAAUCUAGCUUUGACAAAACCAUGGAAAUAUUAAGUGAAAAUGUCAAUCGCAGACACUUUACAAGACAGUUGGCAGAGCCAAAACCAGACCAAAAAAAAGAAGUCACCAGAACACUAAAGACCAGAGCUGGUACAAAAACUACAGAACAAGUCCAUGAAGAAAGUGGGGAUUUGGAGGUCCGCCGAAGCUGCAGACUUCAACAAAGUCGUUACACCACUACAAAUCAAUCUGUUUUCUUUGACAAACUUAUCACAAAUACUGCAGAAGCAGUCUUGCAAAAAAUGGAUGACAUGAAAAAGAUGCGUAGAAGGCGAAUGAUGGAAGAUCUUGGCGUGUUCCAUGAUGCAGAAGAGAACCUCAAUAUGUACUCCCGAGGAAAGAAAGAAAUCCAAAGAGCUGAUAAUGAAAGUGGCCUUGUAGAUUCAUCAGAAGAAAGUGAGGAGAAAGAAGAUGAUGGUGAAGAUAAUCGAAAGCGUUAUUACUUUCGACAGAGGAAAACUGUUGAGCGCUAUCAAGCUCCACUGGAAAAACCAAGACAACGUAAAAUAUAUUUUUCAGGCAGGUCUUCACCUGUGAGACAGAGAUAUUCAUUUAGAAGUGCUCAGUCACAAGGCUCUUGCUGCAAACGAACUAACAGACGGAGACAUGCAGUCCACAACAGUGAUUCCACAUCCUCUUCCUCAUCUGAUGACGAAGAAGAUGAAGAAGAUUUUGAGAGGCCUAGGAGUCGCAGCCAUAACAGAGAUUUAAGAAGGUGUCUUCCGCUAAACUUCCGAAAAGAUGAGUUGAAGGGAAUUCACAAGGAUCGAAUGAAAAUUGGAGCAAGUCUGGCCGAUGUCGAUCCAAUGCAAAUAGAUUCUUCGGUACGAUUUGAUGGUGUGGGUGGUCUUUCUGACCACAUUUCAGCUUUGAAAGAGAUGGUCAUUUUUCCAUUGCUUUACCCAGAAGUCUUUGAGAAAUUUAAAAUUCAACCUCCAAGAGGCUGCCUAUUCUAUGGUCCACCAGGGACCGGAAAGACGCUGGUUGCUCGGGCACUUGCUAAUGAAUGUAGCCAAGGGGACAGGAGAAUAGCCUUUUUUAUGAGAAAAGGUGCCGACUGCCUGAAUAAAUGGGUGGGGGAAUCCGAACGACAGCUUCGGUUAUUGUUUGAUCAGGCCUACCAGAUGCGACCUUCAAUUAUUUUCUUCGAUGAGAUAGAUGGUCUUGCUCCUGUGCGGUCCAGUAAACAAGAUCAAAUUCAUAGCUCUAUUGUGUCAACGCUUUUGGCACUUAUGGAUGGCUUAGACAGCAGAGGAGAGAUUGUAGUCAUCGGAGCCACCAACAGGCUGGAUUCCCUAGACCCUGCUUUACGACGACCUGGACGCUUUGAUCGAGAGUUCCUCUUCAGCUUGCCAAAUAAGGAGGCCAGAAAAGAAAUUCUGAAGAUUCACACGCGAGACUGGACACCUAAGCCACUGGAUGCGUUUCUUGAAGAGCUUGCUGAAAAGUGCACUGGAUACUGUGGGGCCGAUAUUAAAUCUUUAUGUGCCGAAGCCGUCCUCUGUGCUCUGCGCCGCUGCUACCCCCAGAUAUACCAAAGCAGCAAGAAACUGCAGUUAGACACCGCUGCUAUUAAAAUUACAUCAAAGGAUUUUGUCAUGGCAAUGCAGAAGACUGUUCCAUCGUCACAGAGGGCAGUGGCUUCACCUGGGCGAGCACUAUCACCAAUUUCAAAACCACUACUUGGAAACACCCUAGAAAGAAUUUUACAAGCCUUGCAGAAAGUAUUUCCCCACACAGAACUGGCAAUAAAGAAGGACCAACAGCAAGACAGUUUCAAUCAUAUUUUAAGAAGUGAUGUGUUUGACAGUAAUGAGAAAUCACCGUCGAUCUUUGAAGAUAAACCAUCUGAUAAAACAUCUGGUAUACAAAAGGAAAGUUUCCUCAAUUUUAGCAGAAAUCCUUAUUACCAGCCAACAUCCUGGAGGCCGCGGUUCUUACUAGUUGGAGAGCCAGGAUAUGGACACGCUUCUCAUUUGGCACCUGCAGUAAUACACGCCCUGGACAAGUUUCCAGUUUAUACACUAGACCUGUCCAUUUUGUUUGUUAGCAGCACGUCACCGGAAGAAACAUGUGCACAGUUCAUGCGAGAAGCUCAGAGAACAGCACCGAGUAUAAUUUAUAUCCCACGUAUCCAUUUGUGGUGGGAGGCUGUUGGAGCUACAUUGAAAGCUACUUUUACAACACUUCUGCAGAACAUUCCAACAUUUGUUCCAGUUCUGCUGCUUGCAACAUCUGAUGUGUGUCAUGCAGAUCUCCCGAAAGAGGUACAAGAAUUGUUUCUUAGUGAUGAUGAGGUUUUCAAAAUCCAGUCACCUACUACUGAAGAAAGAAACAUGUUUUUUGAAGACUUGGUUCUAUAUCAAUCUGCAAAACCUCCUGCAUCAAAAAAUAAUGCAGCUUGGCGGCCACUGGAGGUACUGCCUCUAGCACCUCCACCUAAGCCUCGACAGCUGACAGAGGAAGAACUAGAACAGCUGGAGGAGCAGGAGGAGGAUACUCUGCGUGAACUUAGGCUUUUCUUAAGGGAUGUGACUCAUAGACUGGCCGUUGACAGACGUUUCAGAGCAUUUACAAAGCCGGUUGACCCAGAGGAGGUACCUGAUUAUGAUGCAGUUAUUAAACAGCCCAUGGACCUUUCAUCAGUUCUCUCUAAGAUUGACUUGCACCAGUACCUAACUGCAAACGAUUUCCUGAAAGAUAUCGAUCUAAUCUGCAGCAAUGCUUUAGAGUACAACCCAGAUAGAGACCCUGCAGAUCGUCUCGUUAGACACAGAGCUUGUACUUUGAGAGAUACUGCAUAUGCCAUCGUGAGGGAAGAAAUAGAUGAAGAUUUUGAACAACGCUGCAAAGAAAUUCAAGAAUCUCGUGAGGCAAGAGGUUGUAGCUCUUCAAAGUAUGCUCCGUCUUACUACCAUGUAAUGCCAAAGCAGAACUCUGUUCCUGGGUGCAUGAAAACAGAACCAAAGCGCAACGAAAAAACAAAGGUGCCAGCAGCAGUGCCUGUAGAUUCCAGCACGCCCUGCUCUAAAGACAGGUCAAAAAGAAAACGCAGAGAGAACAAAGGGUCUUCGAGUAUCGCAACAAAGAGGAGGAAAUUCCAGUUCAACAAAGAGAAUAAAGUUCCAGAAGACGAAGAUGAAGUAGAGAGUGAUGAAGAGUCUCCAGAAAAGCAUGGCUCUAACAUGGAUCACAGGAAAGUUGAGUCCGCACAGGAUUUUUCUGUGGAAGAAAAUGAAAACGUACUUCAGGAGUGUCAGAAAAAUGCAAACAAAAAUAAAUCUGUGGCAGAAAAUGGAAGAGAGAGAGUUCUUCUUGUGGCUAAAUCUGCUUCUGGCAAGAAGAGUGCCAUGCUUCCUGAACGUUCAGCCCCGAGAAAGGAAAGUGAAAUGCCAGCUUGCCAAAUAGCAGAAAGUUCUGAAGACGAAGAUUCAAGUG